AUGAUUUGUACGGAUAUCCGCUGCAAAAAGACGGUCAAUAUCCAAGGACCGAGUACCGUACUCCGUGCCUUGCAUAAUGUUUGCGUUGCAUAUACGGAGUAUGGCUUGGAUCCAAAUCAAUCUUUGCGUAUGAUGAACAAGGUCAAGUAA